AAACAAUUAUAUAUUAUAAUAAUGUCACAUGGUACAAAGGGUGAUAUUAUACAUACAAAAGAUGGUUGUUACAAUAUCAAUGACACAGUUUUAAGUCCAUUAUUGCGAAAUGAAACAUUAAAACCCAUACAAAAAUUGAUUAUAAUCAAUGCUUGCCGCACUGGAAAUAUGGAAUCUGAAUUAGUUCAAGUCCCUCCUCUACGAUUACCAGAAAAUCUAACAAUAAUGUACAGUGCUGCUAAAGAUAGGGAAUCAUAUCUGUUUAAGAGUGGGGCCUUAUUUAUACAAAAAUUUUGUGAAGAUUUUGGAAAACCUUUCACUGUAUACAGUUUAGUUAAUAUUUUUGAAAGACUUAAAAUGAAACUAAGCAUAGAAAUGGAAUCAAGCAAAGUUAUGGAUUAUUACUCUAAUAAUGAAGAAGAUGGAAUUAUUAAAAUGCAGUACAAAAAUUUUGGAAUGUUUAAAAACCAACUACUCGAAAUUCAAAAUAUCGUUCUAAAUCUUAAUAAUGAUAUUGUUUUGUCAAGAAGAGAUCUAUCAUCUUUGGAAUAA